GCUAAAUGACCUAAAAAUAGACGUGCGUUUUGGAUUUUCAGAUAUUUCAAGCUAAAUAAAUUAGGUUGGUGGGAUUAUAUUUGUAUAAGGACUACUAUCACAAUUAGGCGGUCUAACACGAAAUUAGGCAUUUUUAGGCCAUGUCGAUGUUUAUGUUAAUGAUCCAAAAAAGCUAAGAUGAUCAUACAAGUAAACAUGAGUUUGAUUCUUGGGGUAUGUACGUGGGUUGAAUUGAAUAUGCGGAUAAAUUUCUAACGUAUAGGACUCGUUCUAUAUCCCAAUUGCAUAUCCUGGACCGGAUUGGUUUUGAACUUGAUUCGAUUAUAUUCUAAAAAGAUGGCUGAUUGACUUGUUCAUCCAUUGGAAUCUUUAUUAUUCAUAAGUUCUUUGGUCAACUUGGACACUUUUUUUCAAUCCACUAGACUUUGUGAUCACUAAACAUGGCAACAUCAACUUCAAUAUUCUAAAUGACUUGUUCAACUAUCGAUAUGGUACCUUUACUUAAAACCUCUAUUAAUCUUCAAUUAGCUUUGACUAAUAAUCACAAAACUAUGGAUCUCGACAGGUUCCCUUUGCUCUCUUACGUUCUUCAUCAACUCGACUCCAAUCUCCACGCGCCGCCGUCUAUGGCUGCGCAACAAACCCUCCUUCCUUCUUUUCCUCUUCUCUCCGAUCCACAAAUCAUGUCUUCCUUGACUCAAUCCAUCCCUAAAACCAUCACGCAGACGCUUUUCGUUUUCAACUCUCUUGGCUCAAGACCUAACCAGUCGGCAGUUUCCUCUGCUCGGUCCAAGAUCGCUCAGAUUAUGGAUUCUCUCUCACCCGAGGAAGCGGCGAAGGAGACCGAGAUUUACGCCGGGGUUGUGCGGUUGGAUGAAGUGCACGAUAGUUACGAGAAGAAGUUGAAGGAUUUGGAGGAAGAUCUUUCUAGGGUUUAUGUUACUGAGGUGGAAUCGAUGUUGAAGAGUAGCCAAGAAGUGAAUGAGGAGGUUGUUGCGGUGCUCAAGGCGGCGGAAUCAGGCGGGAUCAUUGAGAGGAUCGAUCUUUCCGGUCAAGAACUUAAGCUUAUUCCUGAAGCUUUUGGCAAAAUCGUUGGCUUAGUUUACUUGAAUCUCUCAAGCAACGACUUAACGUUUAUACCUGAUGCAAUCUCAAAACUCAAGAAUCUAGAAGAGCUCAAUGUUUCUUCGAAUUCUCUUGAAUCUCUUCCAGAUUCUAUAGGAAUGUUGCUUAACCUUAGGAUCCUUAAUGUCAAUGCGAACAAUCUAACCGCACUCCCUGAAAGUAUCGCGCAUUGCAGGUCACUGGUUGAGUUAGAUGGAAGCUACAACAACUUGACCUCAUUACCUACAAACAUUGGAUAUGGAUUACAGAACCUCGAGAGAUUAUCGAUCCAGCUGAACAAACUCCGAUACUUUCCAGGUUCGAUAAGCGAAAUGUAUAACCUAAAGUACCUUGAUGCACACAUGAACGAGAUCCACGGCAUUCCAAAUUCUGUCGGGAGAUUAACGAAACUCGAGGUUCUAAACUUGAGCAGCAAUUUCAACAACUUGAUGAGUGUCCCUGACACAAUCACUGACCUAACUAACCUAAGAGAGCUUGAUCUAAGCAACAACCAAAUCCAAACUAUACCAGACUCGUUUUACUUGCUGAGGAAGCUGGAGAAACUGAACUUAGACCAGAACCCGCUCGAGAUCCCAUCUCAAGAAGUGGCUAACCAAGGAGCUGAAGCGGUUAGAGAGUUUAUGAGAAAAAGAUGGGAUAGGAUUAUGGCAGAGCAGCAACAGAGGAUUGGUGUUGAGGCUGAGAGACAUGGAGAUGAAACCGGAUGGGUCUAUUGGGGAACCUCCAUGGUUACUAAUCUUGUUUCUGGAGUGACUCAGACCAUUGGAUUUGGAGGAGGAUCUGGUGAUGGUGGAGAUAAGAAACUUGGAGACUCUCACUAUUAUCACCAACUCUAACUUUUGCUCAGUUUUAAAACGAUUUUGGGGUUACUUUCUUAUGAACUUAUCAUUCCUCAUUUUACCGUUUUGUAUAAGUUUGUAAAAUAAGAAUUAUAUGUAUUUGCUUUCUAAAAACAGAAGAUUGUUAUUUGGUAACAAGUUAGCUAGCAAAUCAAAAUAGUUGUGUUUUUUCUUCA